AUGGGAUUCCUUGAAAAAUGGUUAAGAUGGAUAAAGGAAUGUCUUAACUCAGCUUCGAUUUCUGUCUUGGUGAAUGGGUGUCCAACAAAGGAGUUUAAAAUGGGUAGAGGUUUGAGACAGGGAGAUCCUUUAUCUCCAUUUCUUUUUUUAAUUGCAGCCGAAGGAUUAAUCAUUCUAAUGUCGAAGGCGGAGGAAAGGGGGUUGUAUACAGGUUCUAAAUUCCAAAAAGGAGCUGAUCGGUUUAGUCACCUACAAUAUGUAGACGAUACCAUGAUAGUGGGGGAGAAGAGCUGGUCAAAUAUUAGAAUUAUAAAGGCAAAUCUGAAACUGUUUGAGAUGAUGUCGGGCCUAAAAGUAAACUUUCAGAAAAGUUCUCUAACUAGUAUCAAUAUACCUCCAGAGUGGAUUACAGAGGCAGCGAGGAUUGUAAAAUGA